AUGACCCGCCGUUUGCGGACAAGUCGUAAUUCCAGGGAGCAAAAGCCUCAGGCGAGCAGAUCGCAGGCCGCACGGCACGGCGAGUCGACGACAAGUGACGCGUUGGCGUGCCUAGGUCCAGACGCGGACGAUGCGUUCUUCGCUGCGCGCUCGCGGGGCGCUGGAACCCCAGCGAGUGCGCUGAACCCACCGAGCGACUGCGGCGAGCCCGAGCACCACGCCGAGGACCUGGAUGCUGAGAAUAGAGCACCAAGCGGGGACAGAUUGCCUCCGGAAGGAGGACCAGGAGCCAUGCAGAGCACCGGCGAACAUGGGGUUUGUGCUGCACAUUCACCAGAAACGCCUGCGGUGACCGCACCGACGUCUGCUGGCUCUUGGGAUGCACUGGACGAGGACCAGCAACGGCACCUUGUAUCAACAGUAACGCGCUUCCUACUUGUCCGUGAACAAUCGCGCAUACCCGUGUUGAAGCGGGACAUAACAAGCCUCGUGGCUGAAACCCUUGGGGUGCCGGCUGGUCCUCGAGGUCGAUUUCCAACCUGGCUCACGACACUGCGGAACGCUGCUCUGGAACGCGCCGCACAAAUGCUUCUUUUUGAUUUGGGCUUUCGGGUUCUUCAGGUGGGUCGUCUUCCGCUUGGCGAGCAUGCGAGGGGUCGCACGCGACAGGCUGCUCGUGGUUUAACGCUGACCGUAGCCCCCUAUCACUUCUAUCAGGAGAGAUGUCUGGUCGAGGGAGCACCACCGUCGCUCGACGAAGCGCCGCCUGGAAACGAUGGAAUGCCCAGUGAUCUACUCCUGCUCGUUUCGGACUUGCCCCCAAAGCUGCGCCCACAGCCGAGGAGCAUUGCUUUUUCGGGAUUGCUCAUGGUGCUUGCAUGUCUCUUUGGUCUUUCCGACACCGGAAUGAUACAAGAGAAAGAGCUUUUCAAUAGUUUUGCGCGAAUCGGCUUAAUGACCGUCCACAACAAUUCCCAAGCUACCCGUGAGGCAGCGCUUCCAGCGCAUACGCACAACGGAGACUAUGUGCCUGAAACGAACCCAUUGCGAGGUGUGCCGGCGAAUGACGCCGACCCCGAUGCCACUGGAGCUGUCUCCGGCGACAACGUCUGGUUCCAUGGGUACCAGCGAAAAGCUGACAUCCACAAACUCUUAACGCUCUAUCUCCCAAAAAUGCUCUAUUUGCAACGCUUUCGAUUGAAUAUCGCGGAUUCGGAAUGGACAUACGCUGCAGGUCCUCGCCUCAGAGCCGAGCUUCCACCGGAAAGUUUGUUCGAGCUCCUGUGCGAGUUCUUUGGCGAGGAUGCGGACGAAGGCGCUGCAACGAAUCUACGGCGCCGUCUCCUACCAGAUCAGCCCGUGAUGCUGAAUGCAUCACGUGCCGAAUCGUAG